AUGAACAGACUGAACUCGGAAAUGACAGAGAAAAACAUGGACCGGGCAGACGUAGAAUAUACUGAUAAUUUAGACGAUAUUAGUACUAAUUCUCUGAACGAGCUGGAAUACGAGAGCUAUAUGGAAAAGAAGGAACAAUCUGGACACUCAACAUCAUCACGACUCAGAAUCAUCCUCUACAAACCCACCACUCCUCGUGGUACCACUUGCUGCAUUUGUGACACACCCUCAAGCAGUCUCUUGGUCCUGUGCUGCGUGACAACGUUGUUCUUAUUAGAAGCUCUUUGCACUGGUAUUCCUCUAGCUGGAUCUACCUUAAACCAUUCUGUAAAACAUGUUGGAGGAUCUUUUUGGUAUGAUCAUUUGUUUGUUCUUGCCUCGGUGUCGAUGACUGAGGCGUCUCGGGAGCCAUUUGCCUUAAUGGAGUGCGAGGUGAUUCACGGAGUUCUGAACAACGGAAGUAUAUACUUGGACGGUCUGCGUAAAGCGAUGGCGCAUUACAGAGAGAAACUUUACAACUGCACUACUGUGACCACGACCUCGCCACCGUCCACUUGGCUCCCGGAAAAUGACCCCAAAGUCCAAACACAUGUCGAUCCUUGCACCCGUAUCAUGGAAGCCAGCGACCAAGUCACCAAGUUGUCUGAACUUGCUCUGUGGGCUACCAAUGAGUUACGAGAUCGAAAAUUUGCUGAAAAUAAGGACAACGCUGCGCAGGAAGAAGAGGAACUGCUGAUGAAGCUAGCAUGGUUCUUGGAUCAGCUCGCUCACUUGACGGGGUAUGAACCCGAUCCCACAGACUUUGAAAAUACUUUUACAACAGAAUCGACCACCACCAACACAGAAUAUACAACUCCCAAUCCAGAGACAACGGGGCCCCUAGAAAUAAUGCAGUCUGUGGAGAACGGACCGCCGCUGUCAAAACUGCCGCCAAAAAGCGCGCGUCAAAAGCGCUCAACCGACGACGCGACGUCCCACUUCGUUAAAAACUAUAUAAAAUACAAGAUUUGGGACAGCGACAAUUCAUAUAGUGUUAUACCGUCGGGUCAAUACGAUGUCGGAAACGAUUUAAACACGAAAUCAGUGCAAAAGCGCGCCGCCGUCACGAAAAAAGCUAUACGCCUGCGCGCGCCAACAAAACGCCAAAGAGCAAAAGCGAAGAAGAUAAUCAUCGAGAAACCGAAAUACUAUUUUCAGAAGCACAAAAAUGGCGGCUUAGCUGUGAAAAUAGUCCGCAAGCCGAUACGCGACAGGAGAUCCGUUUACUACGAAGAUUACGCGAUUUCGCGCAUCCCGGAAAACCCGAUGCAGGAUAUAAGCUAUUACAUCAAAAGUAGACCUGGAACGUUGUAUAGCCCGUCGCAAAUCCAGGUGGAAAAUGUGAACGAGAGCUUGAGAAGGCAUUAUAAUAUACAAACCUUUGAAUAUAUCAAACAGUUCGGUUCUAACGCGACUCUGGGUAUGAAUAAUCUAUUGUUAGGCGCUAUGAAGUCUUCUUCCGAUGCACAGUAA